CCAACGCCGCAAAAAGUUUCAUGUUUUUAGGUCGCGUCUAAUAUUUCUAGCUUUCGUGUACCAGACGGUCCAGACCUAAACCUAGACCUGAAUACGAACCUUGUCCCGGAAUCCCGAGAAGACGAUCCCCUCCAACCCUGGUACGCCAUGUUUUCUGUCACUUAUUCUGAGUGGGUCUCCGGCAUCCGCUGCAACUCCUGUUCCGAUUCUGGUUCUAAUUCCGAUUCCAGUCGACGCGGCUAUCCUGUUGAGCCAUACCGACGGGUCAGUCUUGGUGAUCGCGGGUUGGAUUUGGAUCUAGAUGUGGUAAUGCAGUCCACGGAUGAUUUGGAUUCGUGGAGUCUUGAAGAUAGCUACAAUCUUGAUGCUCUCUCGAGCUAUAUGGAAGAGUUAGGAUCUGGGUUUGGGGUUGAAUUGGGUAGGGAUGAAGUUCGUGCCGAUGGACUUCGGGUUGCCAGUAUUGAUUCGGAGUCGGAUUCGUGUUCUGACGGUGAGAUUGUUGAUUUGGAUAGUUUUAUUGAUGAUCGCAUGGGAUUGGUGAAUUCUAAUGAGGAAUUUGAAUGGGAGGAAUUGGAUCAAGCAACCAACGAAAGUGAAAAUCUGAUUGUGGCGAUUGAUAGCGUCGAGGGAUUAUCGCUAUCAUCAUCCAGUAUUUCAGCCCCAGUAGAAGAUGAGGAAAGGAGUGUUGAGUGGGGACUAUUAAUGGCCAUUAACAAUCAAGUCAAUUUGAUUGAGGAUCCUUUUAUGUUUGAUGCUGAUUAUGAUACCCCUUUGGAGCAGUUGGUGGAUAAUGACAUUGAUUGGAUGGGAACGCCACCCGCUGCAGAAAGAGUAGUAGAAAAUCUGCCUCUGGUAGACUUGGGAAAGGAGGAACUUGUGGUUUGUGCUAUUUGCACGGAUGAGGUUGUGGAUGGGGAGAUGGUAAAUAAGCUGCCUUGUUGCCAUUAUUAUCAUGGAGAGUGUAUUGUACCUUGGUUGAGGAUAAGAAAUACUUGUCCUCUUUGUCGAUAUGAGUUGCCCACCGAUGAUCAGGACUAUGAGAGCAGGAGGAGACUGAGAGGUGCAAGUGGGAUUUCCACAGAUUUAACAGAUGGGUACAAUUUUGAAAUGUUUUCUUAGUUUUAGGAUUCGAAACUUUGUGAAUAGUCUCUUUUUAAAUAGUAUUAACAUAUGCAUACGUUUUAUAUAUAAUGCAUUCGAUGUUUGCUAGAAUUAAUUCAAUUGACUGAUUUUUCUUUAA